ACAGCGGCGGCCACCCCACCCCUGGGAGAGCGUGUUCCGGUCUGGAACUCUGCCCCUGAUAGGAGCUCCAAAGCACGGAGGAGCAGCGCCUUUUGCAUCUUGGCCCCCAGACUGCAGAACAGCCUCCCCACGGAAAUCCGGUGUUGUUUUUCUACCACUGCUUUCUGAAAAGGUGCAAAACCACAAACUGUUUUAAAAGGCAUUUAGCUAAAGAGGCCCUGUUUUGGCAGCUGAAGAAGAUAGAUUCUUUCUAUAGCAGAGCUUCCAGGAUGCUUCACAAAAACAAGGUUCGACUUCUCACUGGCAUCGGCAGGUACAACGAGAUGACCUACAUCUUUGACUUGCUGCAUGAGAAGCACCACUUUGAGGUGCUAAUGAGAAAGAAGUUGCACCCAAGCGGGACCCUCAAGACAGCGCUGCUGGACUACAUCAAGCGCUGCCGCCCAGGAGACAGCGAGAAGCACAACAUGAUCGCCCUCUGCUUCAGCAUGUGCCGGGAGAUUGGGGAGAACCACGAGGCGGCAGCCAAGGUCCAGCUGAAGCUCAUUGAAUCCCAGCCUUGGGGCGGCAGUCGUGGCUGAGGCCUAUGACUUCGUUCCGGACUGGGCUGAAGUCCUGUAUCAGCAAGUGAUUGUAAAGGAGGACUUCAGCUACCUGGAGGAGUGCAAGCAGCGUGGCCUGCUCAAGGCGAGCACCUUUGAGGAAAUGGCCCAGGAGUAAGUCCUCUGCAACCAAGUGAACCAUUUGAAGCCCAAUUCUCCAGUGGGGAGACUUCUCCCAAAUCAGGUUUUCUGUAUCAUUGGGAUACUGGCUUCAUGUCUUCAAGUCCUUCAGAGUACGUACUGAAAGGGGGUAGAUCUCAUUCUUUCGGCACUAGGUUGAAC